GUCGACUCAAAUUCAAUAUGUCGGAGAAAGAGGGAAAGAAAGAACAACUUGUUAUGUAGAUUAUGGCAAAAGUAGAAUGCGUUCAUGACAACGAUAGCACAAAUAGUUUAGGUGCAUGAUGAUGUUGAUGCGAAGAAGCGUUAAGAGUUUGAAAAACGUGACAAAUGGAGUGCGAACAACGAUUGUUUUUCAACUGAAAGUCACAAGCAAUGUUCAGUAUUUCUACACACACGCAGGUCCUUUUCAUUCCGGUGAAUAUGAGAUGCAGGACCCAAAGUCAGCGGAUCAAGUUGUAAAUGUGACAUAUAUUGAUCGCACUGGAAACAGAAUAAAAGUGAGAGGGAAAAUUGGAGACAACUUGCUAUAUCUGGCACACCGUUAUGGCAUUGAAAUGGAAGGAGCAUGUGAAGCAUCAUUAGCCUGUUCCACGUGUCAUGUCUAUGUUAGGGAAGACUGUUUGGAAAAGCUCCCUGAACCAGAAGAGAAGCUGUCAGAUUAUACUAAACAAAGAUUUAGAAGGACUUGAAGUAACUCUACCAAAGGCAACCAGGAAUUUCUAUGUAGAUGGGCAUGUUCCACAGCCCCA